CCUUCCUCGCCGCCGUGUUGCCGGUGUGGCCGGUCGGGCGCCGCUCCCUCCCCUUCGCACCAUGGUCGCCGCGGCACAAAGCGCCAGCCAGCGCGGGAGGCCGUGAAACCGGGGCCUACCUCCCCCACCCCGCACCGAGACCCAGCCCGUCCCUUUUCCUCCUCGCAAGGCCGGAGCCCGAACUCGGCGAGGUCGCGGCGGCCCCUCUCCCGCCCAGCCGCCUGUGGGGAUGCGGCGGCUGAGCGGGGAGAAGGAGGAGGAGGACAGCAGUAGCGGCGACGAAGCGCUCGGGCAGCCGGGCAGAGGCGGAGCCGCCGGGGCUCCUCGCGGCCGCCGCGACAGUCCCCGAGCCGGGUGGGAGGCCCUGGCCGCUGGGCGGCGCUGCUGAGGCCUUUGCCCUCGCCGGAGAGAGGCGUCCCCCGCCCGCCCUUCCUUCACGUCGCCCCCUCCCCGCCCCUUGUCCAGCCUCGGCCGCCUGGGCCGGUGCCGAGCUCCGGCCUCUCCUCGGGGCCAGGACUUGCGAGCAGGGGGGCCGGGCCGGAGCAGAGAAGGGGCGAGAUGGCGUCCUACGUGGAUAACAACUUCCGCCAAGCAGUCAUGAAGAACCCGGCCGACAGGAGCCCCCAGGAUCUGGAGGUAGUGUAUUCUUAUUUACAUGGAAUGGAAGCCUUGUCAAAUUUGAGAGAACACCAGCUCAGAAUGAUGUGUGAAACGGUGAGAUACGAGAGGCAUGAAGCAAAUGAAGUUCUGUACUACCCGGAUGAUAUUGGGACCUGUUGGUAUAUUCUUCUGUCUGGUUCAGUAUUUAUCAAAGAAUCAAUGUUUCUUCCAAGGAGCAGUUUUGGCAAGCGUUCUGCAGGAAGCUUCAGGCGUGGCUGUGAAUGCAUUGUUUUAGAGCCAUCUGAGAUGAUUGUGGUGGAUUAUAUGGAUGAAAAUGAAGAAUACUUUCAGCGUCAAGCCUCCCAUAGGCAGUCUCGAAGGAGAUUUAGAAAAAUCAACCAAAAAGGAGAACGACAAACUAUUAUUGAUACUGUGGAUGCUUAUCCAUUGGGGAAGCCACCUUUACCCAGAGGUUAUCAUACGGAAUGCACUAAACAGCAGCUUCCUGCAGAUUUCACAAAACUGCACCUCACUGACAGUCUCCACCCACAGGUGACCCACGUUUCAUCCAGUCAUUCAGGAUGUAGCAUCACUAGUGACUCUGGGAGCAGCAGUCUUUCUGAUAUCUACCAGGCCACAGAAAGUGAAGCUGGUGACAUGGACUUGAGUGGAUUACCAGAGACAGCAGUGGAUUCUGAAGAUGAUGAUGAUGAAGAGGAUAUAGAGAGAGCAUCAGACCCUCUGAUGAGCAGGGAUAUUGUCAGAGAUUGCCUGGAAAAAGAUCCAAUAGACAGGACAGAUGAUGAUAUUGAACAACUCUUAGAAUUCAUGCAUCAGUUGCCAGCUUUUGCCAAUAUGACAAUGUCAGUGAGAAGAGAACUCUGUGCUGUUAUGGUGUUUGCAGUCGUAGAAAGGGCAGGGACCAUAGUUCUAAAUGACGGGGAAGAGCUGGACUCCUGGUCCGUUAUUUUGAAUGGUUCUGUGGAAGUAACAUAUCCCGAUGGAAGAACAGAAAUAUUGUGCAUGGGAAACAGUUUUGGUGUUUCUCCUACCAUGGACAAAGAGUACAUGAAAGGCAUAAUGAGAACCAAAGUGGAUGACUGCCAGUUUGUGUGUAUAGCCCAGCAAGAUUAUUGUCGCAUCCUCAAUCAAGUAGAAAAAAAUAUGCAGAAGGUAGAAGAGGAAGGAGAGAUUGUUAUGGUAAAAGAACAUAGAGAAUUGGAUCGCACUGGAACAAGAAAGGGUCACAUAGUUAUCAAGGGAACACCGGAAAGAUUAACAAUGCACUUGGUGGAAGAGCAUUCAGUGGUGGAUCCAACAUUUAUAGAAGAUUUCUUGUUGACCUACAGGACCUUUCUUUCCAGCCCAAUGGAAGUGGGGAAGAAGUUGUUGGAGUGGUUCAAUGAUCCUAGCCUCAGGGAUAAGGUAACACGGGUAGUAUUGUUGUGGGUGAACAAUCACUUCAAUGAUUUUGAGGGAGAUCCUGCAAUGACUCGUUUUCUGGAGGAAUUCGAGAACAACUUGGAAAGAGAGAAAAUGGGUGGACAUCUGAGGCUGUUAAAUAUUGCAUGUGCUGCUAAAGCUAAACGAAGAUUGAUAACGUUAACAAAGCCAUCACGGGAAGCCCCUUUGCCUUUCAUCUUGUUGGGAGGAUCAGAAAAGGGCUUUGGAAUCUUUGUUGACAGUGUAGAUUCAGGUAGCAAAGCCACUGAAGCAGGCUUGAAACGUGGUGAUCAGAUAUUGGAGGUGAAUGGCCAAAACUUUGAAAACAUUCAACUGUCAAAAGCCAUGGAAAUUCUUCAAAAUAAUACACAUUUAUCCAUCACUGUGAAAACCAAUUUAUUUGUAUUUAAGGAACUCCUAUCAAGGCUGUCUGAGGAGAAAAGAAAUGGUGCUCCUCAUCUUCCUAAAAUUGGCGAUAUUAAAAAAGCAAGCCGUUAUUCCAUCCCAGAUCUUGCAGUUGAUGUGGAACAGGUGAUAGGACUGGAAAAAGUAACCAAGAAAAGCAAAGCCAACACAGUUGGAGGACGGAACAAGCUAAAGAAGAUACUCGACAAAACCCGCAUCAGUAUCCUGCCUCAGAAACCGUACAAUGAUAUUGGAAUUGGCCAGUCUCAGGAUGACAGUAUUGUAGGGUUGAGGCAGACCAAACACAUUCCUCCUGCUCUACCAGUCAGUGGAACAUUGUCUUCAAGCAAUCCUGACUUGCUGCAGUCACAUCACCGCAUCUUAGAUUUCAACACUACCCCAGACUUACCAGAUCAAGUUCUAAGAGUUUUCAAAGCAGACCAGCAAAGUCGUUACAUUAUGAUCAGCAAAGAUACAACUGCAAAGGAAGUGGUUAUUCAGGCAAUCCGAGAGUUUGCUCUAACUACGACGCCGGAUGCGUAUUCUUUGUGUGAAGUCUCAGUUACUCCAGAAGGUGUAAUCAAGCAAAGGCGGCUUCCAGAUCAACUUUCCAAGCUUGCUGACAGAAUACAACUUAGUGGAAGAUACUAUCUGAAGAACAAUAUGGAGACUGAAACAUUGUGUUCUGAUGAAGAUGCUCAGGAAUUGCUGAGAGAGAGUCAAAUUUCUUUGCUGCAGCUUAGUACUGUUGAAGUGGCUACCCAACUUUCAAUGCGUAACUUUGAACUGUUCCGUAACAUUGAGCCUACAGAGUACAUAGAUGACUUGUUUAAGCUGAAAUCUAAAAUUAGCUGUUCCAACUUGAAAAAGUUUGAAGAAGUCAUAAACCAAGAAACCUUUUGGGUAGCUUCUGAGAUUCUGCGAGAAACCAACCAGCUGAAAAGGAUGAAGAUAAUUAAGCACUUCAUUAAGAUAGCAUUGCACUGCAGGGAAUGCAAGAACUUUAACUCCAUGUUUGCAAUAAUAAGUGGCCUGAAUUUAGCUCCAGUUGCAAGACUUCGUACCACUUGGGAAAAACUUCCAAGCAAAUACGAGAAAUUGUUUCAAGAUCUUCAGGAUUUAUUUGAUCCAUCAAGGAACAUGGCAAAAUACCGCAAUGUCUUGAACAGCCAAAACCUUCAGCCCCCAAUUAUUCCACUGUUCCCUGUAAUCAAAAAAGACCUGACAUUCCUUCAUGAAGGCAAUGAUUCCAAAGUGGAAGGUUUAGUCAACUUUGAGAAACUACGAAUGAUUGCAAAAGAGAUUCGCCAUGUGGGCCGAAUGGCUUCUGUUAACAUGGACCCUGCUUUAAUGUUCAGGACUAGGAAGAAGAAGUGGAGAAGCUUGGGGUCUCUAAGUCAAGGUAGUACAAACACAGCAGUGCUUGAUGUUGCACAAACAGGUGGACACAAAAAGCGGGUCCGUCGCAGCUCUUUUCUUAAUGCCAAAAAAUUAUAUGAAGAUGCUCAGAUGGCUCGCAAAGUCAAGCAGUAUCUGUCUAAUUUGGACCUGGAAAUGGAUGAAGAGAGCCUCCAAGCAUUGUCUCUGCAGUGUGAACCAGCCAGCAAUACACUACCCAAGACUCCCGGGGAAAAACGGUCUGGAAAGCCUGAAACAUCUCCAGUUGCACAUAGGUCAGGUAUACACCAGAAGGUGCAACAGCAGCAGCAACAGCACAAAGCAAACCAAGCAUUGCAGGUUCCUGCUGUAUCUCUUUAUCCUUCUCGUAAGAAAGUACCAGUCAAGGACCUCCCACCCUUUGGCAUAAACUCCCCACAAGCUUUAAAGAAAAUUCUUUCACUUUCUGAAGAGGGAAGUUUAGAUCGUACUAAGAAGCAAGCAGAGGACACAAUUUCAAAUGCUUCAUCACAACUAUCUUCUCCUCCUACAUCACCACAGGGCUCUCCAAGAAAAGGUUAUACUCUGGCUCCCAGUGGAACAGUGGAUAACUUUUCAGACUCUGGCCACAGUGAAAUUUCUUCCAGAUCUAGCAUUGUCAGCAAUUCUUCAUUUGACUCCAUGCCAGUUUCAGUGCAUGAUGAAAGGAGACAGAGGCACUCAGUGAGCAUCGUGGAAUCUAAUCUUGGAGUGGGAAGGAUUGAGAGAAGAGCCAUGAUUGAACCAGAUCAAUACAGCCUAGGCUCCUAUGCACCACUGACAGAGAAUAGAGGCUUGUAUGCUGGGGCAACUAUGCUUUCUUCUCCCAGUACUGAGGAGCUGUCACAGGAUCAAGGAGAUCGAGCAUCACUUGAUGCAGCAGAUAGUGGCCGUGGCAGUUGGACUUCUUGCUCAAGUGGUUCCCAUGACAACAUACAGACAAUACAGCACCAGCGAAGUUGGGAGACUCUUCCUUUUGGACAUGCUCAUUUCGAUAGUUCAGGCGAUGGGGCAGGACUGUGGGCCUCAGGGAGCCACAUGGACCCGAUGAUGUUCUCCGAUCAUGGCACAAAGUAUGGCAGGCAGAGUCAAGGUAGGGAGGGCCUUGAUCAAGCACAGUCCAGAGCAAGCUGGGCAUCCUCCACAGGCUACUGGGGAGAGGACUCUGAAGGUGAUACAGGUACCAUAAAACGGCGGGGUGGGAAGGAUGUAUCAAUUGAAGCUGAAACCAGUAGCAUAACAUCUAUAACAGCAGAGGAUUCAAAGCCAGUUCCCAUGCCAACUCAUAUAGCUCUGACAACAAGUAAUGCAAAGGGUCUUAUGGCUCGAAAAGAGGGCCGCUAUCGUGAACCUCCACCAACCCCACCUGGUUAUGUAGGAAUACCUAUUGCUGACUUUACAGAAGGAGUUUCCCAUCCAGCCCGAAAACCUCCAGAUUACAAUGUAGCACUUCAGAGGUCUAGGAUGGUGGCACGGUCGAGUGAAGCCUCUGGGACUUCAACGUCACAACAGCAAUCACAGGGUCAUUCAUCCAACAGACCAGUUAACAAACCUCAGUGGCACAAACCAAAUGAGUCAGACCCACAUCUUGCUCACUAUCAGCCUCAAGGGUUUUCCACGGAGGAGGAUGAAGAUGAACAAGUUUCUGCCGUUUAAAAACUGGGGCUUUCUGGAUCCUGGGUAAGCUAACAUAAAGGAGAGCACAAGAUGAUGCCCCCAGUACAGGAGCCUUGGAACUCUCAUGAAAGGAUGGUGGACCUGUUUGCCUCCUUCCCUGCCUUAAAGCAGCAUGGGGCUUCUUCUCCCCCUCCUCCCCAUACUCUUGUUCCCCUUGCAUGUGAAAUACUGUGAAGAAAUCGCCCUGGCACUUUUCAAACUGUGUUGCUUGAAAUGCAUAGUGCAGCGUUCUCCCAACUCCCACUGUCGCUGUCUGCCACAUCACACGGUAUCAUUCCAAAUUCCGAGAUCAACGUCAUGACUGCACACACCCCACCCCCCCGAAGCCUGGAAGCAUUUUAAAAAAUCUUCCUUGGAUCUUAAUUGCAAUUGUAGCAUUUCUCCUCUUUGGGAUAAUGAGAACAACUAGUUGACAGCUACAUUGGGCCUUUUACCUACUAAGAGAUACACGUUGAAAUUAUUCAAGUACGCUGUGCUUGUUUGCUUGUUUACAUUGCCUUUGUUGCUACUCGGUAUGUUGUGUUGGCGGGCAAGGGGGAAAAUUACAUCUGCAUAAUUACAGUAUUAUUUUGUACUUUUAACAAGGGGUUGCCAGCCUGGACUACUUUUUUUUUUUAAAAAAAAGGAUAUCUCUAUAUAUAUAUGUAUGUAGUGUGUGGCUAAGCAAAGAUGGCAUGGUUUAUAGGGAGGAUACAGCCUUUCUUUUACCUUGAGCUUCAUUUUUAGUGUUUGACUCAAAGCACAGCUGUUACAUUUUAGAAUUGCUGGUGUUUCUUAUUUGCAUCUGUAAUAAUGGAGAGCUGUUGAGUCUUGCAAGUAAACAGUGGAGAAAGAGGAUUUUUUGUGUCCAUUUCCUGUGCCUUUAGGAAGACAGGACGGUGAGCAAAACGGUUGCCCCAUUCAGAUGAAAAAUGGCAAACUUACCUUUUACUUAAACCAUCUUGCCCUUUUUACGGUCCUGUUGCAAACUACUGGUAGCGAUAAUUAUUACACAAAAAUUACCUGGAUAACACUACUGCUGGGGCCAUUUGGAUGCUAAUGCUAACUGUCAAUCCGGAUCUAAUGAUCUCCCUUUUAUUGGUUUAGCAUUAGGAAAUAAAGAUGCCAUUAAAUAAUGAGAAAUGAUCAGUAUAGCUCAACCAGCCUUUGUGGUGUGGUAAUAUUUACAAUGGUUCAUGGGUUUUAAGGAACACUGCAUGUGUAGAGAAGGCCAAUGGAUAGCUAUCAUCUGCUCACAGCUGCUAUUAGCCCUUGAGUGACUAAAUGCCACUCUUCUCCCCCCUCCCCCCCUUUCUAUUUUUAUGUUGGUUUUGCACAGACUCCGGAAAAGUGAAGGCUGCCAAUCCAAGUAGUACUCAAAUGUGAGGAACUGCUGGUCUUGGAUUUUUUCAUUGAACUCAGCUGAUCAUAUUGAUCAGUAGAUAAACGUAAAUAGCUUCAACUUUUAAAGAUCAAAUUGCAGUGUUUUUUCACUGUAUUGAACAAUGUCAGUGCUUUAUUUAAUUAUUCUCUUUCUCCUGUAAUCAUUGCUUUUUGUCUAUUUGCUUAUAUAUCGCUUUGUCAAUUAUGCAUUUGUAAUUUUACAUGUAAUAUGCAUUUGCCAGUUUCAUUAUAUAGUCUAUGGACCUCAUGUGCAUAUAGCAAGACAGAAGAAACUAGCUCUAUCACAAGUUGCACAAAUGUUAUAUAGGCAUUUAAGUAAUUGUAGACCAUAGGACUGCUAAUCUCAGUUCACUCUGUGAUGUCAAGUGCAGAAUGUACGACUAACUGGUGAUUUCCUCAUACUUUUGAUACUACUUGUACCUGUAUGUCUUUUAGAAAGACAUUGGUGGAGUCUGUAUCCCUUUUGUAUUUUUAAUACAAUAAUUGUACAUAUUGGUUAUAUAUUUUUGUUGAAAAUGGUAGAAAUGUACUAUGUUUAUGCUUCUAUCCAGUUUGUAUGAAGCUGGAAUAUAAAUAAAUAUAACAUUAAUGAGC